UCAUUUUUUAUCUCCUCAGUUAUUCUCUUUUUGAGUUUGAAAAUCAAGAUCGCAAGAAAAGCCUAUCACGCUAUCAGAUUCAACUGUCGCUCUUUCCUAUCCGAAUGUCGGAGCAGUGUAGAACCCUAACCGAUUGGUAGAAAAUCAUCAGAUUAUGGCAUACAUAGAAUCUACAUCAAAAGAAAUGGAGCCAAUACAGUUGGAUAAUGCUACCAGGAAACCCAAGAUUCUACUUGCUGCCUGUGGAUGUGUUGCUGCUCUGAGAUUUGGGGAUAUUUGCAAAUAUUUUUGUGGUUGGGCAGAAGUAAGAGCAGUUGCCACUAGAGAUUCUUUACGUUUUAUAAAUAGAGAAUCGCUUCCUAAAGACGUAGUUCUUUACACUGAUGAGGAUGAAUGCUCCAGUUGGAAUGAAAUAGGAGAUAGAGUGUUACAUAUUGAGCUACGGCGCUGGGCUGAUGUCAUGCUUAUAGCCCCAUUAUCAGCAAACACACUUGCCAAGAUUGCUGGGGGAUUAGGUGACAAUCUGCUGACAUGCAUUGUUCGAGCCUGGGAUAACAGCAAGCCCGUCUUUGUUGCACCUGCAAUGAAUACUUGCAUGUGGAAAAAUCCUUUCACAGAAAGGCAUCUCCACGGGGUUGAUGAACUUGGAAUUAACCUGAUCCGACCUGUCUCAAAGAGGCUGGCCUGUGGAGAUUAUGGCGAUGGUGCAAUGGCUGAAACUUCCUCUAUCUACUCAACCAUAAGACACUUCUUGGAAUCACGAGCUCAACCAGGAGAAAGAAUUGAAAUGGAAUUAAUACAGAAAUCUACGGCUCCCAACAAACCCAGGAUUCUAAUUGCUGCUAGCGGGUGUGUAGCUGCUAUGAAAUUUGGUUUUAUCUGCCAGUCUUUCUGUGGUUGGGCAGAAGUAAGAGCAGUCGCCACUAGAGCUUCUUUACGUUUCAUUGAUAAAACAUUACUUCCUACGGAUGUAUUUCUUUACACUGAUGAGGAUGACUGGUCCAGCUGGAAUGAAAUAGGAGACAGAGUGCUACAUAUGGAACUGCGGCACUGGGCUGAUAUCAUGCUUAUAGCCCCAUUAUCGGCGAACACACUUGCCAAGAUUGUUGGGGGAUUUUGCGAUAAUCUGCUGACCUGCAUUGUUCGAGCCUGGGAUAACAGCAAGCCUUUCUUUGUCGCACCAGCCAUGAAUACUUUCAUGUGGAAUAAUCCUUUCACAGAAAGGCAUCUCAAAUCAAUUAAAGAACUGGGAAUUUCCCUGAUCCAACCUGUCACGAACGCCAAUGGCGCAAUUGCCGAACCUACUCUAAUCUACUUAUUCAUAAGACAAUCCUUGGAAUCACGAGCAAGAGCUCAACCGGGAGAAGGAUGAGUUUGUUAGUUAAAUGCGAAUGCUUUGGCCGCUCUUCUCAUCUUUUAAUGGUAGGUACAUUGUUUGAUUUUCAUGUAGGUUGUUCGUUUAAGUCUUCUUGUCUGUAUAACUGGAAAAAGGAAAAUACGCGCAUGAGUUUGCUUGAAUUGUAUUUGCGUGUUGUCAAUUUCACUGUGGCUAUUGCUUGUAAUGCUAAAUAGAAUUCAACUAAAAAUGCUUCGGUCAUCUACAAAAUGUUCUGAAAUAUGCUUCUGUGAUUAUCCAGACUACAUCGGUCUCAUUUCUUAUCAUUUUCUUUGAUCUGCUACAGU